UCUGGGAGUCCGCUUUCUCUUCCCCUCGGCCGAGAAGAGGCGAUGGCGGCGGUGGCAGCUCUCGGAGCUCUGGCUUUCCUCUUGCUGUCCGGCCACACCUGCUGCUCAGCAGAGGCCUGCACGGAGCCCCGGAUCACGCCUUCCUACUACACCACUUCCGAUGCCGUCAUCGCCACGGAGACUGUCUUCAUUGUGGAGAUCUCCCUGACCUGCAAGAACAGGGUCCAGAACAUGGCUCUUUAUGCCGACGUCAGUGGAAAACAGUUUCCUGUCACCCGGGGCCAGGACGUUGGGCGUUAUCAGGUGUCCUGGAGCCUGGACCACCAGAGCGCCCACGCAGGUACCUAUGAAGUCCGAUUCUUCGAUGAGGAGUCCUAUAGCCUCCUGAGGAAGGCUCAGAGAAAUAAUGAGGAUACCUCCUUCAUCUCGCCCCUGUUCACGGUCAGCGUGGACCACCGGGGCACCUGGAAUGGGCCCUGGGUCUCCACCGAGGUGUUGGCUGCCGUCCUUGGCUUGGUGAUCUACUACCUGGCCUUCAGCGCAAAGACCCACAUCCAGGCCUGAGGCCCCAUGGCA